AUGCACCGCAAGUACAGCAGAGGAUUCACUGUGGAGUUGAUUGCUACAAUCAGGAAUAAAGAUAUUGGCGGAGAGCUAGCAGUCGUGAAUUGCUUUUGGGUGAUUCAAGUGUCUGUAUUAGUAGUUGGUACCCUGGCUACCCUGAUGGGACUGACCGUGGCCGACUCGGUGUACUCCCUCUUCGCGCUGUGCAGUGACCUAGUCUACGUGGUUCUCUUCCCUCAACUAUGCUGUGUCACCUAUGUGCCGCAUACAAAUACCUACGGAUCAUUAGCUGGUUACGUCUUGGGUCUCGUUCUCCGGGUUCUUGAAGGAGAACCGGUGAUCGGCUUGCAACCUACCAUCAAGUACCCAUACUACCCUGAUGUACAUGAUCAGAUGUUCCCAUUCCGUACCCUCCUUGCCAUGGCUUGUUCUUUCGUCGACAUUGUGGUGGUGUCUUACCUGAUGAGGUACCUGUUCAAGAAGGAAAUUCUUCCCAUGUCGAUGGAUUUCCCUCACUGCUUCCGAGAUUACGACCUUAAGCAUCACGAAAAGCCAAAAAAAUGUUAG